AUGAGCUGUUCAAAGAACCGUCCGGCGCGGCUCAGCCUACAGCUACAGUCAGCGUCUGGGCGCUUGAGCAGGUCUCAUUUUUCACCCCGAGUUAACGAGCUUCUCUCUCUCAGCAGAAUAAAACACUGUGUUAACCGGAGCCUGAGGGGGCUGGCUGAAAUGUCCACCUGUAUCAGUGAAGAUGCUUCCAUAGGUUCGGUCAGCCUGUCGGAGUUAACCAGCUCUUCAUCGAUUUCUGACAGAGUCUGUGUUCACUGGGGAUGUGAGCUCAGUGCUGCCCAGAGCACGGCUGUGUUUGAGGUAGAGGACGAUCUUCUGGAGAACCAGUUCUUCAUCAAAACAAUAUGCCUGAGUGCGGAGGCGGGGGACGAGAUGCAUGUAGUAGCCGUAUCUGACGGCGUUGGCGGCUCCAAGCCCAUUCCGAUUGCCACCCUGCGUCAUUGUAUGCCCAUGGUCAGUUUCCCUGGCUUGGAGCUCAUGCCUCCUGUUACCUUCCAGCUGUAUUCAGGCAAAGGACCAGUGUUCAUCUCAGGUCAACACAUCACACUGAAUCCUACUGAAAUCACUGAGGAAGAGGAGGAAGCUCACAUCCUGAAAGAAUGAAACAUGCCGGAUCCUCCACCCCAUCAUCUGUGGGUCACUACUGACGAAUCCGACAGGCCACAUACACUGACUUAAUGAAUGACUGACUCAGCUUUGUUUUGUUUAUUUACCUGAUUGGAUUUGUGGGUUUGGAGAUUACAUCUAUGUGAUGGUUUACUUAAAUUAAUGUGCCUGUAUGAAUGUGGUGAAAUA